UUGAUUUAUCGUGACUUGUCCAAAAAGAAAAGUGCUUAUUCUUGUUUUCCUGCUUAGGACCAUUCUCAACCUCAACAAAACACACUCACACUCUUUUCUCUCUUCUCGCCUCUUCAAUCGACGCUACCGUUUUCCCCUUCUCUGAUCAAAAUGUCUCGAAGAUAUGAUAGCCGUACAACAAUAUUUUCACCCGAAGGACGCCUUUAUCAAGUGGAGUAUGCAAUGGAAGCUAUUGGAAAUGCUGGCACUGCAAUAGGAAUCUUGUCAAAAGAUGGAGUCGUUUUAGUUGGCGAGAAGAAGGUAACAUCCAAGCUGCUUCAAACCUCAACUUCAACUGAGAAAAUGUACAAGAUCGAUGAUCAUGUUGCAUGUGCUGUUGCCGGUAUCAUGUCCGAUGCCAACAUCCUAAUCAACACCGCUAGGAUCCAAGCACAGCGUUACUCAUUUGCGUACCAAGAGCCUAUGCCUGUUGAGCAGCUGGUUCAAUCUCUCUGUGAUACUAAGCAAGGUUACACACAAUUUGGCGGUCUCCGUCCUUUUGGAGUUUCUUUCCUGUUUGCAGGCUGGGACAAAAAUUUCGGCUUUCAACUUUACAUGAGUGAUCCUAGUGGAAAUUAUGGAGGUUGGAAAGCCGGUGCUAUUGGUGCCAACAAUCAGGCAGCACAGUCAAUUCUAAAACAGGACUACAAGGAUGAUAUCUCAAGGGAAGAAGCGGUUCAACUUGCAUUGAAGGUACUGAGUAAAACUAUGGACACCACUAGUCUUACCUCGGAUAAGCUUGAACUUGCAGAAGUUUUUCUUUCACCCUCUGGAAAAGUCAAGUAUCAAGUUUGCUCCUCAGAGAAUUUGACUAAGCUGUUGGUGAAGUCCGGAGUGACCCAACCCGCAACAGACACUGCUUAGCUUUCUGUUCUAUGUCACGGGUAAUUUACUUAUGAACACUUCCGACGUGUGAAACUGUUCCAAACUUUUUUUUUUAAAUAUUAAAACUUGUAAACUUCUCAUAUCUUGGUGAUGCUAAUGACUUUGUAUUUCGUAUACUCUUUGAUUUUAAGGACAUAGAUCUAUGAUA